GAUUAGAGUUUAAAAACUUGGGCUCUAAUUGGGGUUUAAUUGUGGUGUAGUUUUGUGCGAGUCAAAGCACUCGUUCUGAUCUCCCCCCCCCCCUCUAGUUUUAUAUUAAGCGUGGGUGCCGCUUACCUCGCAUCAUGGUUGUGCACCUGGUUCGAUUUAGAGAGGGCGCCUGAAUCUGCUGGACUGUCAAGCGCCUCGACUCUGGGCUUCAUGCCCACUGACAACUCGUAUAAGAUCUCCUCAUGGAAGAAGACGUUUCCUCAUGAAAGUUUUACCACCAAGGUAUAUCUUUCUUCAGACGAGAUCGAGGGCACCAAACUCAUUAGCACUAACCCCAUUAAUCUACGCAUCACUUCUGAGCGCCCACCUGUUUUGGAAGAGUAUUACAACGACGGUGUUUGGGCGCCUUUUAUGACUGACGUGAUUCUUCUUUAUACACUUGUUCUAACACUUGUGAUUGUGUGCAGGGUCGGACUUUUCCACCAUCGGGAAACUGAUGAAGAGUUGGCUUGCAAUGAUGGUUGUCGAGGCACCUGCCACUUCGGCCGCCACUCUUCCUCAGGCGCCUCCUCCGUCCGUUCCCAAGAGCGAAAGGCUAGGAAGAAGACCAAAACUAAAGCCGAUCAGGGGAAGCCAUCCGCCCACACGAAGACGGCCAGUGUGGCGUCUUCUGCCUCCGAGCCGGACGUGGUUGAGCCGCCUUGCGAUCUUACAGCUCACGAAGAGCAAUCAGAUGAGGAGGAUCCCCCUUUUGGUACGUCGCGAGAAGAGGGCAUACUCACCCUUGCCUAAUGGUGGCAAGAAAGCUCGAGUCAGUGAUAAAGAGAAAGGGAAGACUUUUCCAACGGGCCUGGUGAGCGACCAAGCGCCCAGGUGGGUUUGGACGAGAAGGGGUGCCUCGUGGGUUCUGAUGGGCGCUCGCCGAUCCUUCAGCCCCUUCGUACCGAACUCGGUUGCAUCGCCCUCCCUCGCGCCCUGCUGGGCGCCGUGGAUAAAGGUUGUGCCAUGUGGUUGGCCAUUUCUGCAGCGAAGAUGCUGCAAGUGCCUUCGGAGAUCAACGGAGAGCACCUUUUUGCCGAGCUUGCCUAAGUGGGCACCAAGGUUCGCGGCCAUUUUUAUUAAUAAUAUUUUUUUACUUAG